CCGCCAGGAUCCAACCUGUUGGAGGCAAAUAACCAUACGCAUCAUGCCCGGCCGGGGACCGAGCCGCCACCGCCGCCGCCCGCGAUGUGCAAGGCCAUGAGCAAAGCAGGGAGCUGGGAGAUGGACGGACUGCGCGGCGACAGCAGCGGCGGCGGCGGCGGCGGCGGCGGCGGCGGCGGCGGAGCCUCCGGGCAGUGCCGUAAUUUUCUCUCCUCGCCCGUUUUCGGGGCGGCGCACACGGGCCGAGCGGCCGCCGCCGCCGCUGCCGCCGCCGCCGCCUCGGGGUUUGCCUACGCCGGCGGAGGGGAGCGCUCAGGGGCGGCGGCGAGGCCCGACCCCCCGACCAAGGACUGCCCGAGCUCCGCCACGCCGGCCGCCGCCCCCGCGCUGGGCUAUGGGUAUCACUUUGGCAAUGGAUACUAUAGCUGCAGGAUGUCCCACGGGGUUGGGAUCCAGCAAAAUGCCCUGAAGUCUCCCCCCCAUGCCUCCAUUGGCGGCUUUCCCGUGGAAAAGUAUAUGGACGUCUCCAGCUUGACCAGCACGAGUGUUCCCGCCAAUGAAGUCUCCUCCAGGGCGAAGGAAGUGUCCUUCUACCAGGGCUACACAACCCCUUACCAGCACGUUCCUGGGUACAUAGACAUGGUCUCAACGUUUGGCUCUGGGGAACCGAGACACGAAACAUACAUAUCAAUGGAGGGCUAUCAGUCUUGGACUCUGGCUAAUGGCUGGAAUAGUCAGGUUUACUGUGCCAAAGAUCAGACACAGAGCUCACACUUCUGGAAAUCGUCCUUUCCAGGGGACGUUGCACUAAACCAGCCCGAUAUGUGUGUCUACCGGCGUGGGAGAAAGAAGCGAGUGCCGUAUACAAAACUGCAGCUUAAAGAACUCGAGAAUGAAUAUGCCAUUAACAAGUUCAUUAACAAGGACAAGAGGCGAAGGAUAUCUGCAGCCACAAACCUGUCUGAGAGACAAGUUACCAUUUGGUUUCAGAACAGGAGGGUGAAGGAUAAGAAAAUAGUCUCCAAACUGAAAGACAAUGUAUCUUGAUACAUUAAAUGCGGACAGUGAUGGAUAU